CAAGGCUGGAUGGCUGGGACAACCAUGUUGAUGCCAGAGCUGGUGAUAUCGGUAUAGUGCCAUCAAUGCCUGCCACCAUUUUCAGUCCAUGGCUUAUCUCUAAAAGUGCUGGCUCAUCAGAACAAAAACAUAGCCUUGCUACUUAGAAACUGUGUUCUCAUAGUGCAGACGUACAAAGGGAUAGUUUAUCCAAAAGGCAUAGUUGAGGGAUACAUUUAGAUAAAAAUCAGUGAUUUAGGGAUUAUUUACAGGGAAAAAAUGCUUUAAAUUCAAGUCAAAAAAGGCAAGAGUAUAUCUGUCAGUAGAAUUACAAAACAAUAACAUUUAAGUUAUAAAUAUCAACCAAUUUAUUGUGUUGUAGAAAUGACAAUUAGCCGUUUAUAACAGCUAAUGAAUAUUAAUGAGAAGACGAGCACUACGCUCCGCCUACCUCCACAUCGAAAGCCCGGAGCUGUCAGUCAUCGAAGGAGCCAAAGACUCUCGAAUCGGAGCGCAUCUUUUAGCAGUCUAAUUUAAAACAAACUGGACAUUUAUGAGACACGAAUCAGCCCAAUCAAAUAAAAGGAUCAAAAAAGUGUGUAAACUGAUGACCAUGAAAGUAAACUCGAAUUAAUUCUGUGAAGAUGGGAUUUUACAUCACGCUGAGCAGGAUCACCAACUGCUUCAUCCAAAGAGAGACUUGAACAGGAAUUCAGCCUGUAGCUGCUGCCUAAAUCUGUUGGACUACUGGAUAUUGUUGCUUCACAGUGCUGGAUGCCUAAAAUAGGCAAAGAGAGGAAUAAGAAUGGCGAAGAUUUGUACAGAACAGUCCUACCCGUCACAACACAGGCUAUCAGUUCGGGCCUCUGAAGAUGAACCGGACCACACUGAAAAUGGUGCAAGCAGGCCUCAUUCUCUAUGUGACGACAACUCCUCUGACAUUCAGGGGAUUGUUUCCACUGAAGGCUCCAGUAGAAGCUCUUUCACAGGUGCUGGGGCAAUGGCGAGGGUCACUCAGUUCGUGAUAAUGCUGAGGAACUGGGCCACACACAGGCUUCACAGAGAGGUUGAGCGUCCUGACUCCUUCUUAGAGCGCUUUCGUGGACCAGACCUCAAAGACAUAUCUAGCAGAGGGAGUAAUGCCCGAUCCUCUAUAGGCCUUCCUGACAGGCCGCAUAAGAGGAAAAAAGCCAAUCCCUGGCCUCUGGCAGUUUACAAUAUGAACAACUGCAACAACACAGAUGACAAAAAAGAGGACAAAAAGGAAGAGAUAAAAAAAGACGGAGACAAAAAGGAAGAGAAAAAAGAUGAGAAGGAAGAGAAGAAAGAUGAGAAAAAGGAUGAGAAAAAAGAUGAAAAGGAUGAGAAAAAGGAUGAAAAGAAGGACGAGAAAAAAGAUGAAAAGAAGGAUGAAAAAAAGGACGAAAAGAAGGAUGACAAGAAAGAUGAUAAAAAAGAUGAUAAAAAGAAAGAUGCUCCUCCUCCACCGAAGGAAGUGUGGAUCAUGGAUCCGGCUUCAGACAAGUAUUACAGAUGGCUGUCCAUCAUUGCAGCUCCAGUGUUUUACAACCUGAUGAUGCUGGUGACGAGGGCCUGUUUCAACGAGCUUCAGAACACUUACACAAUACUCUGGAUAGUCCUGGACUACACUUCAGAUGUUAUCUACUACAUGGACACGUUUGUCAGGUCCAGAACAGGUUUCUUGGAACAGGGUCUCCUUGUCAAGGACUCCAAAAAACUGAUCAACAAUUACAGGACAAUCCCACAGUUCAAAUACGACAUGAUCUCCAUGAUCCCCACAGAUCUCUUUAUGCUAAAAGUGGGAUUCAAUAACCCUGAACUUCGCUUUAACCGUCUCUUCAAAAUGGCACGUCUCUUUGAGUUCUUCGACCGCACAGAAACCCGAACAAACUACCCCAACAUUUUCCGCAUCAGCAACCUCGUGCUUUACAUCCUCGUCAUCAUCCACUGGAAUGCUUGCAUCUUCUUUGCCAUUUCCAAAACCAUCGGCUUUGGGACCGACACCUGGGUGUAUCCCAACAUCAGCCACCCUGAAUAUGGACGCCUGGCCAGAAAAUACAUCUAUUGCCUGUACUGGUCCACUCUCACCCUCACCACCAUCGGAGAAACGCCACCUCCAGUUAGAGACAUUGAGUAUCUAUUUGUGGUUAUGGACUUCCUAAUCGGUGUGUUGAUUUUCGCUACCAUCGUCGGUAAUGUCGGCGCCAUGAUCUCUAACAUGAAUGCAUCCCGGGCUGAAUUCCAAGCCAAGAUCGACUCGAUCAAGCAGUACAUGCAGUUUCGUAAGGUCAGCAAAGACCUGGAGGCCCGAGUCAUCAAAUGGUUCGACUACCUCUGGACGGAGAAGAAGACCUGCGACGAGAAGGAGGUAUUGAAGAAUCUUCCAGACAAGCUCAAAGCAGAGAUUGCCAUCAACGUCCAUCUGGACACCCUGAAGAAGGUGCGAAUCUUCCAGGAUUGCGAAGCCGGACUUCUGAUUGAGUUGGUGUUGAAGCUGCAACCUCAAGUCUUCAGUCCUGGAGAUUAUAUAUGUAAAAAAGGCGACAUCGGUCGAGAAAUGUACAUCAUUAAAGAAGGAAAACUGGCUGUUGUGGCUGAUGACGGCAUCACACAGUUUGUAGUUCUCAGCGAUGGCGCUUAUUUUGGAGAAAUCAGCAUCCUUGGGAUCAAAGGCAGUAAAGCUGGAAACAGAAGAACUGCGAAUAUUCGUAGUGUCGGCUACUCAGACCUCUUUGCUCUCUCAAAAGACGACCUGGUGGAAGCGCUUACUGAGUAUCCAGACGCCAAAAAAGCCCUGGAGGAGAAAGGAAAGGCCAUUUUAAGGAAGGAUAAUCUUCUGGACGAAGCAGUGGCGGCUGCAGGAGCUGAUCCCAAAGAUCUGGAGGAGAAGAUUCACCGCCUCGAGGGAAACCUUGACAUUAUGACUGGCAAAUUCGCCAAGCUGAUGGCAGAGUACACGUCCUACCAGGGCAAGAUCAAGCAGAGGAUCACCAACAUGGAGAAUAAAGUGAAAACGCUGCGGCCUGAAGACCUGUCUGAGGUGAUCGAGGACAAAAAGGAAGAGGAGAAGAAGACUAAAUAGUAAUCCGCAUAGACUUUGGGGUUUAACGGGUUUCCUAUGUAUGUACAUGUACAUUUCUACACAUAGAAUGUUACUUUGAAACUGUUUAUACAGAUCUAUUUAUACAUUUGACAUAUGACAAUGAUGUAUUAAUUGCCAUAUAUUUGUGUUAAAGGGAUAGUUCACCCACAUUGCUGUCAUCACUUACCCUUCACUUGUUGCAAACCUGUUUGACUUUCCUACUUCCGUUGAACACAAAAUAAUUUAUUUUGGCGAAAGCUAAAAACUUUGAACCACUGACUUCCAUAGGAUUGCUCUUUCCUACUUAUAGAAGUUGAGAAAUCACAGGUUUUCCAUCUUCUUUAGUUUAAAGAUUAAGGAGCCCCUAUUAGCUAUAUAGGUCAAAAAACACCUUCAUUGUCUGAUAAUAUGCUUUUAAUUUUACCUAAUUAUCCCAACAACUACUAUAUGAUUUGUUCAGUGAUUCAUUUGUUCCCAAACCCCUCCUUUGCGUGAGGCUAACCUGCGCUGAAUGGUCCGAUGACCCAGGCUGUUGUGAUUCGCUGAACGUUCAACCCACAACGGCUGUGAAGUAGCACAUAGAGUAUGUGAGAGCCCAAUGCAGAAAUGCAUUAAAGCAAUGCAGUUAAACAGCAGCAUAUUACUCUACUCCUAACGCUAACCUAAAGUAAUAACGACACAAAUUCAGUAUUAAUCCACACAGUGGCAAAAGUUUAACUAUUCAGAAAAUUGACCGCGCUGUGCAUGUGAGUAAUAGCUGAUGGUGUCUAUAGCAAAGACAAACAGCAGAGGAUUACAAGUUCAGAAACGGAUUUAAAUCACUUAAGAAGCACGUGUCACGUUUUCAAAGUGGUUUUGGAUGCAAUAUGUGAACAGCCCCAUACAGAUUUAACCUGGGAGAUACAAUACAAGCACUGAUGUAUAAAAGAUAAGUAAAUACAAGCCACGCACAAGUUACAACACACAACAAAAUACAUAUUUUGCAAACUACACAAAACGGGGAAUCGAUUUUAAUUACACUUACAUGUUGUGAUCCGAAGGAAGAAGAAACUGGUCCAUGUGAUCUGCAACAGUUACUGACAAAGUCCCAUAGAUAAUAGUCUUUGCUGCUGCUUCCUUUAAAAUCAAACGGCUGGCGAAUCCCACCCUGUAGUGUAGGUUAUUGUAUCAAAAAUCAGAAAAUGACAGGAACAAACACAUCACACAGUUGGCUAUACCGUGGUAUUGCUGUGAAAAUAAAGUUUAACCCACAGCUGAAAAUCCAUCGCUCAGUGAUCGUCAUCAUCAUGUCAAGAAGAGUCCCGUGAUCCCCUGUGCUCUGCUAGUGACCAAAGGAAAAGGCACAUUCACGUUUUACCAGAUCCGGCACUUCAUAUUUGGUGAUGUACCAUA